AUGUUGGAGUCUGUGCUCUCCACGAUCCUGAACCGCUAUGUUGGCCAGUAUGUCAACAACCUUGAUCCAGACAACCUUCGCCUCGGCGUGUGGCAGGGUGACAUCGAGCUACAGGAUCUCUCGCUGCGACGCGACGCCUUGCGCGAUCUCCACCUCCCACUUGAUGUUCGAGCUGGGUUCCUGGGUCGCCUGGUGAUCAAGAUUCCCUGGGCUAACCUUCGCGGGAAGGCGGUCAUCGUGGAGCUGCAUGACCUGUACAUCCUCGCCGGCCCUCCGAGUCAGGGCAUGUACAGCGCACAGGAGGAGGCAGAUGCCGCACACACGGCCAAGUACCAGCGCCUCGCCGUUCUCAAUGCCCUCGAGGCGAAGGAGCUUGAGGAAGAUGCGGAUGCCAAGGCAAACACGGCGCCCAUCCAGUCCACGCUCGUGGACACCAUCAUCGAUAACGCACAGGUGAUCAUCCACAAUGUGCACGUGCGGUUUGAGGAUGCCUCUCGCCGCGGCGCGAGCGUGUUCGGCCUCAUCAUGGACCGCCUGUCCACCCGCAGCGCUGACGCAAACUACAACCCAAAGUACCUGAGCGAUCAUCAGCUGAUUGCGCACAAGCUGCUGAGCGUGGAGAAUGUUGCGGUGUAUGCCGACGACAGCGGUGACUACUGGUCAGACAUCAUCAACCAGCCCUACAACCUCAAGCAGAAGUUUGUCGCAGCAGCGGACGGCACGAGUGCAAUGCGCCGGCGCUUCCACUACAUCCUCCGCCCAACGUCCAUGACGGGACGCAUGCGACGUGUCAAGACGGAGCGCGCCAUGCAGGACGUACCAACCAUCACCCUGGAGUUUGAUGUGGGCGAGAUUCCGCUGACGGUGACGGAGGAGCAAUUGCGUCAUCUGCAGACGCUCCUCCAGGCGUUUUCCGUCCACGCCGCUGUCCGCCAGCGCCGCCGCCGCCUCUUCAGAAGGGUUGCGUGGUGCCGGCCGCUGCUGCGCAUUCGGGAUUUGCCGCCGGAAGCGCCGCACGAACAGCGCACGGAGCUCAUCCGCGCGUGGUGGCGAUACGGCUGCGAGGUGAGGCGUCCACCAGCAUUUGAGUCUCUGGCCCUGAAAGUGAUUGCUGUUCACCCUGGCGGCAACGGCACCACGCUGCGCAUCGAUCCAGCGUACUUACAGCGCAGGCAGCAGCAGAGGAACGAAUACGUGCAGUUGUGGAUUCGGUCGCUCACCACACACCCAACCAAGGCCGCCGAUCAGAACAGGCUUGAUGACCUGGAGCGCGAACUGACGCUGGACGACAUCAUCAACUACCGCUCACGCGCGAAGCUCUGGAUUGCGAAAGAUGCAAGUCUGACGUCUGCGAUGAAGCGUAGUCGACGGGCAAAAGCAAAUCAACAACAGGGCGGAACCACGUGGUACUCGUGGUUCUUUGGCGCAUCUGCUGCCACACCAGGCGAGGUGGACACGGCGCAGCCAGAGCAGGCAGACGACGACACAGCCUUGCUUGACUCCAUCUCGGAAUCGCAGCGGCAGGCGUUCCUGUCUGCACUGCAAGAGCUGGAGAACCCGAACCUGACAGCAUCAACACAGGACAUCGACCCGACACACGCGUUUCUGCGCGUCACGUUCAAACUUGAUCGCGGCUGCCUCACACUCUGCACCUCCCCCACUGCACAGCAGCAGACACAGGCACAGAAACAGAAACAAACACAGAAACAAACACAGAACCAGCACGAGGGCGUGGCUGCUGACCAUGAUGAUGAUGACGGUGAUGAUGAUGAUGAUGAGGAGGAUGAAGUGAGUGGUGCCAACGGCCACCCUCAUCACCCCGGUGCUGUAGCAGAGUUGGAGUUUGUGCAUCUGACGUGUGGGUUUGAAACGCGUCCUGCGAUUGACGGCGUUUCAUUUGAGAUUCAGCUGCAAGCCAUGAACCUCUAUGAUGCCCGUGUCCCGCGCGGAUCGACACGACCCAUCAUCUGCCAGAAGGACGUGGCAUCCUCAGCGUUGCAACACGACGGCAGCGGUGUUGCUGAGACUGGCACACCAACCACGGGCACAGCAAGUGCAGCUGGCGAUGAAGGCAACUGCGAGCAGUCUCCCACCAAUCAGGCAGCAACCUACGCUGCAGCAACAGCCACAGAACCAACGACGACAACAACAGCAGCGGCGGCGGCAGGAACAUCAACAACGCUGCCAUCGUCACCCGUGCUGCAUCUUCGCGUGGACACGCAGGCGGUUGAAGGGCGGACGGCAACGCACGUAAAGGCACGCACGCUGCCACUACAGGUGUAUGCGGACGCAGGGUGGCUGCAGGCGGCGCUGAAUGUGGUGGCGCCCAUGAUGCAAGACACGGGCAAGGAGGAGGACGAGGAGAAGAACGACAACAACAGCACCCUGGCAUGGCUGUCGGAUACACAGGCAACGGCAGCAGCGCCAGCCCUGACGCUGGACGUCAACAUCUCUGCGCCCGUCGUCGUUGUUCCCAACGGAAAAGGAGAGGUGCUUGUGCUCAACUUUGGACUGCUCAAGGCCAACACAACCUCUGCACUGCAGGGCCUGCUGCACCUGAGCACAGCGGCAGCGGCAGCCACAGCUGAUGGCACCGCCACCUUAGCGGCAGACGCGGAAGGCCAUGCCGCAACCCAUGCUCUCGCGUUGGCAUCAGGCGCGUUGGCCCACCCAUCAUCCUUGGUGAAGCGCACACGCACGACAUCGCAGUCUUCCGACAGUUUCAUCACGCCGCCGUCGAGCCCGUCUGCGUCGCGCGCCAGCCUUGGCAGCAAGGCAGCCGUCGCAGACACUCACUCCGCUGACGAUGACAGUGAUUGUGAUGACGAUGAUGGUGACGAUGAUGAGGAUGGCCAGCAUGAUGAUGAUGCAACCAAGAAGAAGACGACGAGGAAGAAGAACAAACAUGCAGGGCGUGGGGGUGCUGUGAGCCCUUCUUCGCUUGUGAUGCGCAACCGAUUUGGUGGUGUACAUGCUCACGACAGCGAGCGGGAAGGAGCCCAUGAUGCCAGCGCCAGCGACAGCGAACGUGAUGAUGAAGGCGGUGGUGCCGGUGGCGGCGGCAAUACGGCUGCUCGGGGAAAGAAGACACGCGGGCACAAGGAGGGCGCUGAGAGCAACAACACCGACGAAGCGUCCAAGGCGCUUCAAGAACAGCACGAAAUUCGCCUGGAGGACGUGCAGGUGCUGGCAUGUGCAGAGAAGGAGUGGCAGCAGCUACUGGCACAGGGGUUCACAGAGCGCCAUAUUGUUCGCUCCUUCUCCAUCAACUGCACGCUUGACCGCCACACACCGCCGGAUGGCGCGCAGAUGAUUGAGUUUUCGAGUGAGCUGGAGGAAAUGGCAUUUGUCCUGGACGAGUGGGGGCUGCGCACCGUUCUGUCAUGCGUGCAGGCAAUGAGCGACGCGACGGCAUGCUUGCAAGCACCCGGCAUGGCGCCGCCCACGUCGCCGCCCGACAAGAACAGGCCGGCGUCAAUGAGGACCAGUGCAGACAAUGGCAUGCGCAGCGCGAGAGCAAGCAUCAUCAGCCCUACAUCCUCAACGACGGCACAAAACGGUGCCCGUGGCGGCGGUAUUGGUGGCGUCUUGGACGAGACCAUGAGUGCAGCGGAGGCGAUGGUUGGUUCUGUGGAACCGAUUGAGAGCCACGACGACAUGGUGGUGCGCGAGCGCUCGGUAACGGCGCGCAUUCCGCUGGACACGCGGCUUGUUGUGGCGCGGUUCACGCUCAACCGCAGCACGUUUGAAUUGCGCGGCACGCGGCGGCGGCGACUGCUUGCUGCGGAGCUGAACAGCGUGCGCGUCGACUACACGAAGCGGCCAUAUGACGACCACCUCACGCUCUCUGUGCAGUCGUUUCUGCUUGAGGACCCGAUGCAGCCCGUGGACUCAGAGUACCGGCAGCUUGUUGCCAUGAAGUCGUCAAACACGCCCGCACCGCAACGCGCCGAUGAUGGCGACCGCGAUGGUGCCGCUGGUGGUGGUGCUGGAGUCGCCCAUGAUGCCGACGAUGAUGACGUGACCGUCACGGGCGAUAAUGCACAGCCUGCCGACAGCGCCCGAGCUGCUGACCCGAGCAACACGAAGAGCACAAACACGACCAACAACAACACCACUGACGACAAUUUGGACGGCGGUGAGGGCGGACCGACGACCAGUGAGGAGGACCAGCCGCCAUUCGUCAAGAUCACAUACAUCAACCUCCGUGACGUGCCCCUUGGGUACCAAGUCGACAGGUACCACGGGCUGAAGACGCAGCAUCGGCAGUUUCCGCUUGGCUUUUCGCUCGCCAGCAGCAGCGAAGUGGACACGCGCGUGCCGCCACACAUUGUGGAGGUGUCGCUUGGCGACGUGUGCAUUGUCUUCAAUCGGGAGGUUGUUGCCGCCUUGUUGGACUUUGGAACGGCUGCGUUGUCUGUCGUUGCUGGCGCAGACACGCCAACAGCACAACACCAGGGCGCCAGCCACCACACCUCGGCUUCGUCUGCCACGCCCUUUGCAGCAUCAUCAUCAUUAUCAUCUCCGUCGCCAUUGCACGGCCACGAGGCAUCAGAUGGCAUCGCCGCCACCACCACCAACGGAACAGCAGCAGCAGGUACCAACGUGGGUGACAUGCGCAGUCACGACAGCGCUGCUUCAUCGCCUUUGACCGGCUCGACAGCACCCCAGCCACCAGCAACAGAGGAGACGCUUUCUCCCGACCAUGCAGCAACCACACGAAAGCACCAAGAACAGCCACAGCAACAACAAGAACAGCAACAGCAGCAGCAGCGUGAUUCGGUGGUCCGAGAUGCAAAGCCACAGCGCCACGGGCGGCGUAAGGUGAAGAUCACAGCCUCCAUGUCGCUGCUUGACGUCCUCCUCGUCGGAAACGGCGACAAGCUUGCACGCGCCAGCCUGCGGGACACAUGUGUGCGCAUGGACGCGCUGCCUUCCUUCACGCGCGUGUGCGGGCGGCUGGGGAGCCUGUCGCUGCGUGAUCUGACGCCAUGCGGGUUUCUGUACCGCGAUGUGUUCUCAACCACGGGCACGGAGGUGCUCAGCUUUGAGCUGACGACGGGGUGGCUCGAGAACGCGCGUGAUAUUUUGCUGUUGGACGACGAGAGCAAAGAGUGUGCGGCCCGCAGCGACUGUCCCGACCUGCACUACACGACUGCGCUGAGCGUGCGCAUGGCCUCUGUGCGGUACGUGCACACGCGCCGCUUCAUGACCAUCAUGCAGAAUUACGUGACGCAAUUCCAGUCACCGCAGGUUGUCGCACGCGUGCAGACGGCGGCGAAGGAGAUUGUGGACGAAAUCAAGCAGCGCUACACGGAAGAGAUUCUUCGUCUGGAUGUGCAAGUGGACACACCGGUCGUCGUUGUGCCCCGCAACUCGUUCUCACCGCACGUGGUGGAGGCGUACUUGGGGAAGACGCGCGUGUCACACGGCAUGCGGCUGCGCGCCCCCGGCCACGCCAUCAAGGACGGCACGACACCGGCCAGUGGCGAUGGCGGCAGCUACUACGAGGGGUUCGCGCUCGUCGACUGCCUUGUGCUUGAUGUGCGCGACGUGCGACUGCUGUCUGCGACCGUCAUGUCUGAACUGGAGGCGGAGGCCCACCGCACGUUUGCCAACCCGCUGUGCAGCAGCAACCUAGACGACAGCGAUGACGCGUCUUCCUCGUGCUCCUCCAUGGAUGACCUGGUUGCCUUCGCCAGCAGGGAACACCUGGAACAUGACGCAAGCGUGAGCGCAGCCACGCCCGGCUUUCGUCACGUGCACACGAGCACGCACCCGGAGAUGCUGUCCCACUGCAACAUGCACAUUCUGUUUGAGCGGAAUCUGACGCCGGAACGCCGCGACCUGCCAAUGGUGCGCGUGGAGGUGGGCGUGUCCGAUGUGCACGCGCGCGCAGACAACCACCAGUUUGACCUUGUGCUGAGCAUUCUGGAUGAGAACCUUGGCUGUGAGACGGAAUUGUUGGCGACACAGGACCUGGUUGAGCUGCAAACGACCCUGAACAGCCGCGACAACCGCCGCAGGUCCGUUCUCAGCGCAGCAGAAGCAGAGGCGGCAGCAGCAGCAGCAGCACAAACGCAUGCAGCAGCACCGGCAUAUGGUGGUCGUGGUGAUGACGGCCGUGGCAGUGGUGGUGGUGGUGGUGGUGGUGGUUUGGAUGAUGGCGAUGGAGGGAGGAAUGACGCCUUCUUCACACCGGCGCAGUCGCGCAUGCAGUCGCGCAUGCAGCCGCUGUCUCAGCGAGCCAGGAUCGGGGGACGCGUGUCACGAAACCCGUCCGAUGGUGGCGGUGGAGAUGAUGUGAGCGGUGUGCAGCGUGAUCUCGAUGAAGCGCUCAGCACGCGACUGGAGACGGAGUGGCACUUCCUGCCAGGGGUGCCAACAGGUCCCGUGCCAGCAGACACACGCGCACAGCGGCGUGAUGCUGCUGGGCGUCACCUGCGCACCCGCUGGCGGUACAUUGACAUGGAGAACAGGACCGAGAGUCCGCCAAACGAAAUGGACGACGAUGACGAAGAAGCGAACCUUCGUGCCGAGUAUGGCUCCUCGUUGCAGGUCCUGCACACGCGCCCAGAGGACAUGAGCAGCAGCGUUGGACUGGCGGCUGACGUGUCGUCACCAUCACUCUCGUCAUCCGCAGGGACAGCAGUGGAACGGAGAGCGGGCGGCACGGCGAUGGCACGAUCGAUGUCCACCGCAAGCGCCACAGCACUCGACCAGUGGGUUGGGCUGGAGUUUGAACUGAAGCUGGAGAAUGUGCACUUGAAGUUGAUUGACAGGCGCCACGCUGCGGACGAGAAACGACCCCACGAAGAGCCUCUCGCUCACCUGCACCUGCUGCAAUCCGCACUCUCAUUCACGGCCUACACCAACGGUACGCUUGACGACUUGGGCGCGACUGUCCGUCUCUACUCCACGGCCAUCGCUGUGGACAACAUGCUGCCCGACCGCGGUGGGAAGCGAAACUUGUACAGGCGCGUGCUGGCCCCAAUGCCAGACGCCAAUGAGCAUGGUGGUGUUGGUGUUGGUGUUGGUGUUGGUGUUGGUGUUGGUGGUGGUGCCAUGCGCAAGGCUGCAAAGGGCGUGGGCAAGAAGACGUCUGUUGUGGGUGGUGCAACUGCAGCCGACAUUGCACUUGGUGAGAGUGGUGACGAUGACGAUGAUGGGAUGACGCUGAUGGGCGGCGGGAUUGGCGGUGGUGCAGCAAGCACUUCAGGGGCGCCGCAGUUGGAGGUGACGUUCACGAUGAAGCCCCAGGCAGACCGCGUGCACGUGUUGCUGAGUCGCACGCGCGUGCUCAUCUCGCCAGAGUGGGCGGUGCGCAUCGCAGACUUUGCGACGAGCCGCCCCGACAGUGGGCUGAAGAAGCUGUACAACCAGCGCAAGCCGUUCCUGCAGGAGGAAUACAUGGACAUCAAAGCGCCGCCACGCGAGACGCCAACACACACGCGGCUGACACUCAACAUCACCAACCCGGAGCUGAUCAUUGUGGACGACGUGACGUUGCGCACCUCGGAAGCGCUGGUGAUGAAGAUGUGCAACGUGACGAAACUGCGCAUGAACGACUACCCCGAGAGAGCAGCCGUCGAGGCCACACCAACCGUGCCCGUACCUGUUGAGGAUCAAUCCCUCGAACUGCACAUUGAGGAUUUUGAGAUCUUCACGUGUCGCAUGGACAACCAGGCGCGCACACAGCUGUCCAUUGUUGACCCGUGUGGCGUGUCCAUCGAAGCCAACCGUUCCGUUGAGCGCACGACGGGCGAGAGGAAGAUGGCAAACAGCACGGCUGCCAUUGCGUUUCACGGUCCGCAGGCCACAAACAAGGACCACGGCGUGGCAGCCCGCAUCUCCUACAACGACCUUGUUCUCGUGAUGUCGAUUGUCAAGCGCUUUGGCGAUUGGAUGGCCGAGCAUCAGCAGCAACAGCAUCAGGCAGAGAUGGACGCUCACGGGCGCACGAGGCGAGACAAGGCGAUUGAGCGGGCGCAGCGGCGGGACCGACACGUCGCCGUCGCCCGUCUCAAACUCAUCGAGGACGACCCCACCCUCUGCUUGGAGACGCUGUCGCACUUUGACGGGCAAUAUGAGGCGGCGGCGCUUGCGCUGUGCGAACACAUACACACGACAGACAGCACGUGGGCAGCGGCAAAGCAGCCACGCUUCGCCACAUCGUUUCAUCUUCCGGGAUCGCUCCGUUCCAUGGGUGGCUCGCAGCUCCUCAAGAUGUGGUUCCACCAGCACGCCCUGCACAAGCGUUUCAAGAAAUCUGAGCGGCGGCUUUCGUCGCUGUUGGAGCAGCGGCGAGAAACACAGGAAGCGCUGAGAACGGCACAGGCUGAAGGCGACGAGCGAGCUAUUGCUGCGCUGCACACGGAGUUGGUUGCGUUCAACAGACAGGUGGACCUGCUCUCUGCGCAGUUUGCGAUGGUGUCCGCUGAGGUCUCUGUCGUGCUGGCAGAGAAUGGCUUGGAGUCGUUUGCACCGCGACAAGCCCAGCCCAUCGAUUCUCUCGUCCAGCUUGGUUUUAGCGAGGCGGACAGUGCGAUGGCGCUGGCAGCCAACUACGGCAACGUGGAGGCAGCAACCGCCUGGCUGUUUGAGAACGCACCGCGCAGCGCAACAACUCUGGCAUCCGUUGACGACAUCGGUGGCGGUGGUGAUGGUCAUGGUGCCUUGUCGCCACGAGUAGGGUUGUCAUCAAGCGUUGUCUCUGUUGGCCGGCGACACGUGAGCGAAGACGACGACGUGGAGGAUGUGGAGGACUUUGACGCCGGCAACGGGGAUGCAGCGGACGAGGGCGCGCUGGAGGCAAACAAGGCGUCUGCAUGGUUUGCCCUCGCCAAGCUGAUGGAGCGAAGCGGCAACACGGCGUACACGGCGGAGAGGGGCGCACCCUCCAUGGCAUCCGUGCUGGACAAGGACGCAACGCCACCCGGCGCUGUAUCGCGCGUAGAUGUGUUGCGAGCAUCACAGCGGGAUGCAGACGAGCACGACCGCCCCUCCUCCACGUCGUCUGUGCCCUCCACGGCAACCAGCGUCGCCAGCACCACGGCUGGCAGCGGCGUGCCUGCAAGCACGGAUGGCGAAGCGGCGCAUGCGCUUGGCGACGAUGACGACGGUGUUGAGGAGCACGGCAGCGUUCGCUUCUCCAUUCAAUCACUCUCGCUUGGCCUCAUUGAUGACAGCCACGGGAAGGACGUGCCGCUGCUUGAGGGCAAGUUGGAGAGCGUGCUUGCACGCCUCAGCCUCAUGCACGCCGCGGAGGACGACACCACUGUGCAUCUGUACACGGACUGCCGCCUUACGUGCACCGCAUUCAACCCAGAGCUCUCCGCCUGGGAGCCGGUGGUGGAGCCCUGGACGCCAACACUUGUCGCGACAUACAAGCGCGAGGGCAAGACGCCCGAGCUGCUGGUAAAGAUGACGACGGAACAGCGGCUGGAGCUGGUGUGCUCGCCCAACCUCAUCAACCACACACUGCCAACCUUCAGCAGCUGGACGCAAGCGUACACGAACCAGGAUCUGCGUGUGGUGCGGGAGGCAUUUGUUCCCUACCGCUUCCACAACCGGACCGGAAUUCCGCUCGACUUGCUCGUCGAGGACAACCGCGUUGUUCCCAUUGCCGCCGAUCAAUCACGGGACCUGAGUUUCCAGCAGCGGCGUGACAAACACCGCCAGGCGAUGGCAAUGGCACACGCGCAGGCGCACCGCGUUGCCUUCAGGCUGGACGGCUUCCACCAGUGCGUGGAGAAGGUGAACGUGGACCGGCUUGGCAAAUACGUGCACGUUGUGCGACGCCGCGAUGCUGACAAGGCGCCCGUUCGCGUCCUCGUAGAGGUGACGCUGGAGCACGGCCGGAAACACAUCUACUUCACAUCUGCACUGAUUGUUGAGAACAAGCUAUCCGUUGCUGUGGAUCUCCGUCUCAUCGAUGUACACACUGGCGCUGCACUCGACGUUGGUCGCAUUGAUUCCAACGAGAAACUGCCCGUCCAUCUCCUGCACACCAGCGAUAUGAUCUGCUGUCGCCCUUCCUCGCAGGGAUUCAGGUUCUCUGCGCCACUGCGGGCGUGGGGCGACAUGAGCCGACCAGGCGUUCCCCGCGGCACGCUGAUGAGCUGCGAGGCCAUUGCCGAUACGUCAUAUGACACUGUUCCCGAGACGUUCCACUGCUAUGUCAGCAUUGUCGAGCACGGCGUGCGGCGACGCGAUGCGGCCCUCCCCUGCCACACCGUCACGCUCGUGCCCCCGCUUGUGAUUGCCAACUUGCUGCCGGUCGAUGUGCGGUUUGAGAUUGUCGACACCACGCUCUCAGACUCGCUCUCAUCCGGACAGAGCCAGGCCUUGAACAUGGUCAACCUCAACCACAACCUGAGCAUGCGCAUCAAGAUUGACAAGUUUGAGUGGAGCACGGUGUGUCUCAUCCACACCACCUCCAGUCGCACCGCAACAGAUCCCUUCAUCCAUCUCCGCGAUGCAAACAGGAGGUGUUUGCGUGUGCGCAUUGUGAACCAUCAGCUCCAGGAUCCUCUUGGCGCUCGCGUCGUGCAUCUCGUCGCCGAUUUCUGGAUUCUCAACGAAACGCGACUGCCACUCGUCUUCAUGGACCAUCACACCGAUGAUGCCAUGCCGGGCGUGGCCCCAGAGGAGGACACAACCAAGCGCGCGAUUCUGUUCACACCAGGCAUCGCUCGCUCGCAGGCCAAAUGCAAAAUCAGGUUUGGGCGGUCGUCGUAUUGGAGUCAGGGCAUCCCGAUCGACACGGUCGGCUCGUCUGGCUCUGUCGACGUCAACGCCGCAGACGUCUCCUCAGAACUCAAGGCGUAUCAAGUUGGUGUUGAGGUGAACAAAGGCCAGGGCCGGUUCUUCCGCACAAAAGUCGUGCGCUUUGUGCCGCGAUUUGAGUUUGUCAACCGGACAACACGCGGGCUGCUUGUCUCACAGCACCAGCAGCCGUUUGGCGCCGCGUUGUGUCACGUGCGAGCCGGCGAAACGGUCCCCUACCAUUUUCCGGACUUGCGCGUCGGCUCUUCUGUCCAGAUGAAGUUUGAAUCGGACGCGGCGUGGUCGUGGUCAACACCGUACGCCCUCGCUGAUCCAGGCACCCUGCACAUCAAGAUGACGCGCGCAUAUGGGGCCGUCGAGAUUGUGCGCGUGGACGUGCGGCUGCAUGGUGCCACGACGCAGGUGAUUGUGUCCGACAGCACCGACGCGCCGCCGUUCCGCAUUGUCAACGAGAGCAUGAUCUCCAUCAAGUACAACCAGGACGGCGCUGGUGUUGCGUACUCACUCCAUCCUGGCGAGCAGCAUGCGUUUGCGUGGGAUGUUGUCACGCAUUCACCCAUGCUGGUGGUCACCGCAGCCACGGACGUGAAGGCCGGCACCCGCUUUGACCUGCAGCGCAUUCGUUCGCGCGAACGCUUCAGGUACAAGCAGCAGUUCUUCAUCACGGGCCCGGACGGGCUGGUUGUCGGUGCGCGGCGCGCAGGUUCACACGAACACAUCCCCGCGUGUCUCGUCAACAGGCGUGCGGGCGACCCGUUCCAGCUGUGGCAGUUCCAUGGCCGUGAGCUCAUCAACAAGGCCGGCUAUCGUCUUGAAGUCUCCACAGAGGGAUUGGCGGGCGCGCAGGUGCACAUGCGCAAGUGGUCGCCCUCUGUUCGGCCUGGCCAGGCUCCACUCACCCCGCACCAGAUGUGGAAGUUUGAGCAGGGACGCCUGCUGUCCUUCAAAAUUGUGCAAUCGAGCUCCAAUUCGCUGCAGCGCGGAACGCCCUAUGCCCUGCACGUCCUGUCGGACAGCCAGUCCGGCAGCGUUGGCGACGGCGCCCUCCUCAUCAUCUCGCCCGCGCCCACACGCCGCUGUGAUCGUGCGCAGUCGUUCAAACAGCUGUGCGAUCCACCGGGCAGUGGCGCUGUUGUGGGCGAGGUCACAGCCGACGGCGCAACCCGUGUGCUCACGUUCCAUGACGCAGCAGACUUCGAGCGCAAGCUGCGGCAAAACCGGCAAGAGGAUCUGCUUGUGAGCUUUGAGGUGACACUUGACGAAGGUGUUGGCCUGUCGUUGAUCGACCGCAACGCGCGUGCGCUGCUGUACGGCGCUGCACGCGGUGUUCUUCUCAACGCCCGCCGCUCCUUUGCUGAGGACACACUCGGCUUGGGCGUCUACCAGUUCCAGGUGGACAACCAGAGCAAUUUCUCCACCAAGCGGCCAGCGGUGCUGUGGUCCGCAUCGCCGAAGAAGACACGCGCUCUUCAGAUUGAUCUCCAGCGGACACACGACGCCCUCACAUCGUGCAUGAUAUUCCACAACCUCGAGAUUGCUGUUGCGCCGCUGCGGUUGCGCUUGGAGGAGCUUGUGCUGCUUCGCGUUCUCGACAUUUUCCGUGAUGUCCUCAUCAGCAACCAGACGCAGAAGGUCAUGCAUCCGAGUGAAACGCUGUUCUUGGCGCCGACGGAAGAGGACCUGAUGCAUUCACUUCACAAGGCGCCGCUCUCGACGCUCGAAACGCCACUGCAAGUGUUCUUUGAAGUGUUCAACUUCUCCAAACUACAGAUUGAGGCGGCUUGCUACACAUCGCAGCUUCCUGCGCCCAUGCAACAACUGAAGAACGAGCUUGGCAUCAAGUUUUAUGGCUUUGAGAACAAGUUUCGGAUUGAGGCGUUUUCGCUCAGUUCGCCGUUUGUGAACCAAACCGCCCUCUCGGAGCUCGUUGUUGACCACUUCAAGCAGCAAAUCAUGUGGCAGCUCUUCAAGCUUGUCAUGUCGUCAGAUGCGUUUGGAAACUUGCUCGGGCUUGGUCGUGGUCUUGGGCGCGGCGUCUCCGAUUUCAUCAAACACACGCGCAGGGGCCGCGUCUUCACCGGCGCCGGGCUGCUGGCGACCAACGUGGCCAACUCCGUGGCGGACACCACCUCCAAGCUGUCGAAAACCGUGUCAAACGUGUUUACGACGAGCCGUGCAGCGGAAGCGGAGCAGCGGCGGCGCGAGCAGCAGCCGGGCGUGGGCACCGCAGUCUCAAACCUCACAGACAACUUUGUUGGCGGGCUCAAAGGGUUCUUCUCCCGGCCCAUUGAGGGUGCGAAGCGGACGGGCGCAACCGGUUUUGUCAAAGGUUUCUUCCAGGGCACGGGCGACAUGAUCAGCGGCACCGUUGGCGGCAGCAUGAAUUUCGUCUCGGAUAUGAGCGCAGCCAUCAAAGAAACGACUGCGGUGAACUCGAGCCCUGAGCGCAUCCGGCUGCCACGCUGCAUUGGUCCCGGCCUCAUCAUCACGCCCUACAACCUCCAGCUCGCACGUGACCAGAUGCUCCUCUACAAACUCAACGGAUACACAAUGGACGAGCGGCUGCUGGGAACAAUGAAGCUGUGCCAGCUUAGUGGCCAGGUUGCCAUGGUGUCGAGCGAUAGGUUGAUCAUCCUUGACCAGCGUGACGGGGUGUCGAUUGUGUCGGAGGUGUGGUACAGCGGAAUGCACAAGCACGUGGUUGUGUCUGAGGAAGCGCCGUCCACCUCCAGAUACUCAAUCUUCUACGUCGAGUUCAUGCUUGACCCACAGAUGGAGCAAGAGGUGCGCCGCGCUCUUGAGAUGAACGGGAGCUCGCGCCUGUCAACCAUCAAACCACUGCCUGAUGAGUCGCCAUCGUCGUUGUCAUCGUCAUCAUCCCUGUCGUCGUCGUCUGCGUCAAGAGGGCCCGCCAGCCACAGCCGUUAUGAUCGACGAAGACACGACGGCGCUGGGAACGAUUCCAGGCAUUCACAGCAGCCGUCACGCCACGGCAGGGAUGACCGUGGUCGUGGUGGGCGCCCAAAGCCGAGGCGCAUGCGGAUUCGAUGUGACACGAAAGACAUUGCCAUUGACCUCUUCCACCGCGUUGAUCACGCUUCGCGCCUGUUCCGGGAGAGCCAGAACAAGUGCGUGUAUUACGACGUGCGCCAGGCACUCGCCUUCCGCCAGAAGGAGACCUAAGCCGCUUGCUGUGUGUACAUGCUUGCGGGUGGCGCAUACACACUUGUUUGGUUUUUCGGGUAAAAGCUGAACGUGUGUGUGUGUGUGUGUGUGUGU